GGAGAUAAAACGCUACCGUCUGCCUUUAUCCCAUUGCAUAUGUGAUUCUCUUUGGCAAUUUAGAAGAAUUGUCAAUCGCUACACUCUAUAAUUCCAUGAUAUCAGGAUUUCGCCCGACCCCGGGCCGCUAUUCCGGAGCACAUAGAGCCUACUGUGGAGUCUGGCGAUUCCAUAGAGCUCCGAAAUGCAGUUUCCAUACUGAUGGUAGAACUCGGGUGUCCAACUUCUGGAUUCCGACGGGAGGCAUCUCGAAAAAAAUCCAGGGCGAAAAAGAGGAUGUCAACGACCUCUUGGUUCGGGGAGGCUUCCUCCGACAGGCUUACUCUGGAAUAUUCCAUAUGUUACCGCUAGGAUUGCGCGUGCAAGACAAGCUUGAACGUCUUAUCGAUAAGCAUAUGCGCUCAGUUGGAGCGUCGAAAGUUUCGCUGUCAUCCAUAUCUUCCCAAGAACUUUGGGAGAAAUCAGGGCGCUUGGGAGAGGGUUCAGAGGUCUUUAGAUUUCAUGACAGAAGAGAAUCUCGAUUUCUCCUUGCUCCUACCCAUGAGGAGGAGAUCACCACUCUAGUGGGGAGUCUCGCCAAAUCGUACAGAGACCUACCUCUGCGGGUGUACCAAAUAUCGAGAAAAUACCGUGAUGAGCCAAGACCAAGACAAGGUCUACUUCGUGGACGAGAAUUCAUUAUGAAGGAUCUCUACACGUUUGACUGCUCCGUGGAAGAAGCUUUAAAGACGUACACAUCUGUGAAAGCUGCGUACACGCGACUAUUUAACGACCUAAAGAUACCCUACCUGGUUGCAGCUGCAGAUUCUGGCAAUAUGGGCGGCAACUUGAGUCACGAAUUCCACGUUCCCAGUUCCAAAGGAGAGGAUACAGUCAUCAGCUGUACCAGCUGUGAUAGUAUUUACAAUGGCGAGCUUGCAGACGGGAAAACCCAUGAGUUUGGCGACAAUGAUAGCCGCCAGGCCAGUCAAGCAUCAGGGUUCGAUACCGGAGAAGUGUCCUCCGAAGCAGCACCGACCAUUUCUACUGGCCUCUGGAUGGCAAUUUCCAAGGAUAAGCGGACACUGCUGAGAGUGUGGUACCCGAAAUUUUCCAUGCAAGGCGCAACCCAGGAACCAGUGGAAAGAGAAGUCAACUCUCACGCAGUCAAGUCAGUAGCUAAUGCCGCAGACAUCGACCUUGACCUCAGCGUAGAAAACCCAUUAGAGCAGUGGGCUGCUGAGGUGAAAUCCAACAAGGCCUCUAGUCUUUACUGUGUAGUGGAUCUAUAUGACUCGCAGGUGCGAGUCUAUAAGCGUCCACCCCUGAGUGACUUGCUACAGCAAGCGGGCUGCAAGGCGGAAGAUGUCGACUACUCUAUGCUAGACCGAUUCCCCGGGACAAACAAGGGUCUGAGCCUUAUCAAGGUCCAGGACGGUGAUAAGUGCGCCAAAUGCGCUCAAGGGCUUGUGAAGACCCACACUGCGAUUGAACUGGGCCACACUUUCCAUCUUGGGACCAGAUACAGUGAUGUUCUACAGGCGUCGGUUAUGGUAGACCAAUCCGCAUCUGGCAACUCAGAAACUCAGGUUGUGCCCAUGCAAAUGGGAUGCCACGGCAUCGGAGUCUCGCGUAUGAUCACAGCAGUCGCCGACAGCCUCGCGGACUCCAAGGGUCUCAACUGGCCCCGCGCUGUGGCUCCUUUCGAAGCCGUUGUUGUCCCUGCGAAGGGCUUAGAGGAAGACGCCGUGAAGAUAUACGAUGCGCUUACGUCGGAUCCAACAUCGCCCGUUGAUGUCAUCCUCGACGAUCGAGACAAGCAAAUGGGGUGGAAAUUGGGAGAUGCUGACCUGAUCGGCUACCCUGUGAUUAUCGUGGUUGGCAAAGGGUGGAAGAAGGAGCAAACAUUAGAAGUGCAAUGCCGACAGUUGGACAACCUACGAGAAAAUGUGCCUCUAGAGAAACUUUCAGAAUUUGUUCGAUCUUUGCUCGGGCGUCUAUAGAAUUAGGGCUCUUCACUUUGUACUAUACAUGAGAUUAAUUGUACAAUAUUCCUCUCUCGCCUGCCUCUACCAUGCUGAAUCAGGAGUCACUAAAAGACGAAGGCGAUAUAUCACAUUGUAGCCUAG